CGUUCAGAAAUGCAAUAUUGCAACACUGCAAUAAUCAAGCGUUCAAAAAAGCAACACUUCUAUCAACUGUCAUACAUAAUUUCUAUCAAAAAAUUGUUUACUGCAUUUAACUACGAUGUCUGACGAAAAUGAAAAUCUCAGUAAUGCGGAGACGCAGUUAUUGCUGAGAUUACGGUUAAAUAUGGAGGACGAAUUUAAAUCCGGUAGAAAGAAGAAAAAUGUAUUGUGGAAGAAAGUUUUGAGCGAAAUUAAAAAUGUAAAUCCACAUAUAAGACUGGACAGCACCACAGCGCAAAGAAAAUUCUUAAAUCUCUUGGUAACGUACAAGCGCAUUAAGAAAAUAAAUAAUUCUUCCGGUAGAGAAGCUACAUCCUGGAGGUAUUUUGAGGACUUCGACGAAGUUUAUGGUACAAGGCAUUCAAUUACUCCUCCAAUAGCAAAUUUGCAAGCCUCUUUGGAUUUGGUACCUUCAACGUCGCCCACAUCUUCAAGUGAAGUAAAUGGGUCGCCAGAUUCUCCACCGACUAGCAGUCAGAGAGCCACUCAUCCUCGAGCGACGUCUAACAAAGACAUUUUAAAGUUUUUCGAAGCAGAGGCGGUUAAAGAAGAAGCUCGACAUAACGAGGUCAUGGCUAUGGAGAGGGAAAAGCUGUCUCUAGAAAAAGAAAGAAUAAAAGCUCUACUAGACAUGAAAUCGGUGUUGGCAGAUUAUUUAAAAAAAUAGUGUUAAUAUGAAUAGAUAAGUAUUUGGCCUGUGGUAGAGAACUGAAAUGUACCUUUUUA